UGUGCCGUAUGGCAGUCGUGUCGCGUUUGUACUCGAAUUUCAAAAGAACGGUUCCUCCUGCAACAUCUGUGAAUCUGACGAGUAACGAGGGCGAGUCCAGGUGAAUUGACGUGAACGAGACCUGCGAAGAGACUUCCGACUCGUGAGCCAGAGAAUGGAUGGUCAUCGGGCGUCGCGAUUUCUGGCGCUCGCGGCAUCGACGAGCCUGCUCCUGGCCACGUACACGCCGGGCCACGUAGCCGGCUCGGGAGUGCUGCAGAUACGUGGUAUACCGGUGGCGAAGAACUCAUUGUACCGGCCGGAUCGCGAUUUCGAGUGUCUCGACGGCAGUCGGCUGAUAUCGUUCACCCGGGUGAAUGAUGACUAUUGCGACUGUGGGGACGGUAGUGAUGAACCCGGGACAGCGGCGUGUACCAACGGUGUCUUCUACUGCGACAACGCCGGUCACAAGCCCGCCUACAUACCGUCCUCGCGGGUGAACGACGGCGUGUGCGAUUGCUGCGACACGAGUGAUGAGUACGCGUCCAGAGUAGAGUGCAUCAACAACUGCAACGAGCUGGGCCGGGAAGCCCGUUUGGUGCAACAAAAAGUGGAGCAAUUAGCACGAGAGGGUAACAAGCUGCGUGUAGAGCUAGUGGCCAGAGGUAAGACCAUCAAAACGGAGCACCAGUCACGUUUGGCCAAGCUGAGAACGGAUUAUAUGGAAGCGGAGUUGAUCAAGAAGGAAAAAGAGCUGUUGAAGAAACAAGCUGAGGAAUUGGAGAGCAUAGCGCUUGAGAAGUACAAACCCGCCGAAACAGAACAACCGACAACUGAAGAAGCCGUUGGGGAGGAGGAAGAGGAAGACGAGGACUUGACUGUUUCUGAAGUGGAAGAUUAUUUCAAAAUACUGGAUUCAGAUUCCAGCGGUACAGUAACAUUAGCGGAGCUGCAAACCAGGGCUACAUUUGAUAAGAACAGGGAUGGUGCCGUGUCAGAGGAAGAAGCGUUGUAUUUCCUUGGCGAUAAGAAGGAAGUCACUCUACAAGAGUUUACAGAUAACGCUUGGGCAAACAUCAAGCCUUUCUUGAUGUUGGAACAAGGUAUAUUCAAAGCGGCAAAGGAUAGAGGAGAGAUAAACGAGCAUCAGCCUACGGAUGACUUGGAUCACGAGAAGGAAGGAGAGAUUCCUGAUGAAGAGGGAGAGGAGGUACCCGAGGAGGAACACGAGAAGGAAUCACCAGAACCAGAAAUUCAGUAUGACGAGGAGACACAGGCACUCAUCGAUGAAGCUACCAGUGCUCGCGAACGUUUCCAGGAGGCAGAGAAGGCUAUCAACGAGUUGCAGUCAGAGAUUAGACAGUUGGAGGAGAAGCUAGGCCGUGAUUACGGGCCUGAAGAAGUGUUCGCGUCGCUUGACAGCGAGUGCUUCGAGUACGCGGACUUGGAGUACAUUUACAAAUUGUGUUUGUACGCCAUGGCAACCCAGAGGUCCAAAUCCGGUGGUAGUAGCGUCAAUCUUGGUCACUGGAACGAAUGGGUCGGACCGACCGAUGCCAAAUACAUUAAGAUGAAGUACGAUCGAGGUCUCACCUGUUGGAACGGCCCGGCGCGUUCCACAAUUGUCACUUUGUCAUGCGGAACGGAAAAUAAGCUCAUGUCCGUAACGGAACCGAAUCGCUGCGAGUAUGCCAUGGAGUUCUCCACGCCGGCGCUCUGCAAUCCUAACACAGCGGAGACCGCCGACAAGCACGAUGAACUGUAAACUCGUGGAUUUGUAUAGUAAAAUGAAAAUUGCGCGAUUAGUCGCACAUACAAUGUGAAUGUCAGGCACUUAAGCUCUUUCGGUGGACCGCGAGAUGCGAGCAUCGAGUUGCAAGAAUCGAUAAGAAAUAAUUUUGAAAUAAAAAAUCCAUCUUUCGCAAGUAUUUCCAAUGCAAUCGCGAUUAAUAAUGUAGCUAGUGAUCUUUUUUAUUUCAAUGAAUAUCUGUCCACCGGUUGGGACCCAAUAUUACGUUUUUGUUUCCAGAUUAGCUAUAGCAGUCAUUACCGUUUAGCAUUUAGGCGAUAGAGAUUUCCACAGAGAUUUCAAGACGGUUGUCGUACCUUUUUAUCGAUACCUAGUAUCAAAAUUUGUACUCUGUUAAAGAUGAAAUAAGAUCAAUGUAUUUUAUCCAUUAUCAUUGUCAACGGAGCCUAGUCAUGUGUUGGUUUGAUAAAAAAAUUCAAUCGCUCUUAUAUUAAUAAAUCGUGGAUCGUUCGAAAUCGUUAUAUCCCAUUGACAUGUUAUAUAUUUUACUGACCAUUAAAACUCGCAUAUCAUCGGUCCACAAUAUAUUAAUAAAAAAGGCGAAAAAAUUCCUUGAUCAACCUAAUUAAAUACAAUACAUGAAUAUAUAUCAUUUAAAUAAUAAUAACUUUAGUAAAUUCAGUACUUUGUGUGUGACACAAGAAUGAUAAAUGUAUUAAAAUGUUUCCGCUGAAAUGUGCCACUAUACUGUACGCAAAUUACAACGAUUAUGAUCGCGAUCAAUAAUUCGUCCUUGCAUCCGAGAAGUUGCAUAAUAUUGAACUUGAUUCGCUAGUAGUCUAGAUAAAGUAAUUAUCUAGAAUCUUAUCCUGUCGUGAAACCACAAAGACCACAUUGUUACGCGCGAAUUCAUUGCCAACGUGUUAAAAAAAAAAAACUCGCUGUUACAUUCCUCUUUUUGUACGUACACGAAGCGUUUCUAUGUGAUCUAAAAAUAUAUAAAAUCGUACGUGAUGUAACGUCAUGACUGACGUAAAAAAAUCUGAUUGAGAUGUACUUUGUAUUACUUAGUACACAUAGCGUCACAAAUGUCUUAACACAUGAAUUGCACGAGUAUCGAAGAGGGAAUGAGAAAGCAUGAGAAAGAAUGAAAAGGUAUGAAAGAGCAUGUUAAAAUAUUUGUAACGCCGUGUACAUACGAGUACCGAUAAGAGAAAAAAAAAAGAAUUCACAUCUUUUUUGGGAUUCGAUUAUCCACACGUACGUAUAGACGAUGUCCUAAUGUUCCGCAUUAUACACUUAAGUCGGUGAUUUUGUAAUUUUUUAAGGACGCACCACGGAAAUGGCGUGAAUAUUGUGGGAUGUGCAUGUAAUAAAAAAAGAGAAAGGAAUUCUGUUGUCGAACCGUAAUUUGCGAUGGCAGCUUUAUUUACAUCAAUGGAAAGAAAAUCUGUUGAGUGUAAAUGCGCGCGUGUAUGUAUGUCUGUGUGUAGAAUUUCUCUUGUUAUUCUGUAUAUUAUUAUAUAUAAUAUUACAGUAACGUGGUGGUUAAAUCCAGUUUUCUCUGUUUUACUCUUAAGAGACAAUCUUUGCAUCUUGCGGGAUUCGAAACGUACGUCCAUUAUCUCAAUAACUAAAUGGGGGGGAGGGGGUUGAUAUUUCCCGCAUUUCCUAUAUUUCAGUUUCUCAAUUGAUUCGGUAAGGCACUUGAAAGGCUACAAAAAAUCAUUUCUUCCUUGCGAAAUUCGAAGAGGGUAAGACGAUAUGCUCUAUACAGCCUUUUCAACGCAUUCUGGAUCAGCAAGAAAAAUUGGGUAAUCACAUGCUACCGCCGACUAUCGACAAUUUCACAAUUUUCCUCCUUAUACAUCCAGAUUAUCCUUCUUUUAACAAUUUUUUAUAGGCAGUUAAUUAAAUCGAGACAAGGGUAUCAAUAUCACUUAGUGAUAUGUUUCAUCGACGAGGAAUUGUAGGCUCAUUUUAACAUAAUUCGAUUACGCAUUACACAUGUAGGCAGUCUGUGGACAAUUCGUGUGGGAGAUUAAUACGUUUCUUGUAUAGAAUAAACAGAUUUUUCGAGAGCGUCAAAAAUAUACAAUUGCACACGUAACAUUUUUUAAACCGUCGUAUUACGUUAGCUUACAUUUCGCGUUUCUUCUACAUUUAUCAAUGUUAAUACUAUAAUGUGUGCCAAACAUAUAUUUAUAUAUUUCUUUUUCUUCAAAAUCAUUAAAAUGAUAAUGCACAACUUUGCUAUUCCUUUCGUAUUUACACGAUACGGGAUGAUAUACGGUAUUUAUAAAUGCAUCACGUCGAAAGGAUCACAUCUUUGCUACAACUACUGUACAACUAUCUGCGAGCGAAAUAAAGCUCCCUAUGAGGAUGUACGCAUUCGCGAAUGCGUUUCCGUGAUGGUAUAAUCUCAAAUGUUGGAGUUUCUCAGUCGUAUAAAAAAAAAACCACAAAUGUGAAAAUUGAAAGAUGUUGCAGGUGGGACUGAUUUCCCUAAUAAAUGCAUCAACGACGAAGCACAGCCAAUUAUCAACGUGAACUGAAAGUUUUUUUGAUUUCCAAAAUUAGACCGCGCUGUCGUGAUUACAUUUUGAUUAAUUAAUAUACAAAUAUAUGAACAAAUUAUUUAGAAAUAAUUUAAAUACCAAACAUUCAUUUUGGUACCUCAACAAU